CGCCAACCCGACGCGACCGGCAGGCAGCGGCGCACCAACGCAAAGGUUAACCCACCCGCCCACCCAGCAGCACUCACUCACGAGACCGUCCACCGCGACGCGCUCUCUUGCCCGUGCCCCCGUCCUCCCCUUCCCCCUCCACCUCCGCGGCGCCCGCGGUAACCUCGCCACGCCACAUCGCGUGCGAGCACCAACCGUCGCCGGCCCUCUAAUUAAGCUGCCCGCGCGGCGCGAUCCGGUGUCCACCGCUGCCCCGCCGGAGGAGGAGGAGGAAGGGGGGCGGGGGGUGGAGCACAGGGGGAUGCUAGAGGCGAAGCCGCCGUCGCCGGGCUCCUCCGGCGCGGCCGGGGCGGCGGCACACAUCCACGCUCACCGGCGGUGGGCGGCGCCGCUGCUGGCCUCGGUCCUGCUCUCGUCGAUCCUCAUCUCCGCGUCGCUCUUCUUCUCCUCCUCCCGCGCGCUGCUCCUCUCCUUCUCGCCGCUCCCCUCCGCGGCCUCCGCCGAGCCCCUCUUCGUCGAGGCCAAGCUCCGCCAGCAGAUGCGGGCCGAGGAGCGCCCCGCGCGCGGCGCCGUGCCCAGGAUCGCCUACCUCGUCUCCGGCUCCGCGGGGGACGGAGCCGCGCUGCGCCGGACGCUCAGGGCGCUCUACCACCCGGCAAACACGUACGUCGUGCACCUCGACCUCGAGGCUCCCGCCGCCGAGCGCGCCGAGCUCGCCGCUGCCGUCCGCGCCGACCCCGUCUACGCCAGGUUCCGCAACGUCAAGGUCGUCACACGGGCGAACCUGGUCACCUACCGUGGCCCGACCAUGGUGGCCAAUACGCUGCACGCGGCUGCCAUCCUGCUGCGCGAGGGCGGUGAUUGGGACUGGUUCAUCAACCUCUCCGCCUCCGACUAUCCACUCGUCACCCAGGACGACCUGUUGCAUGUGCUCUCCGAGUUGCCCAGGCAGCUUAACUUCAUUGAGCAUACCAGUGACAUCGGAUGGAAGGAGUACCAGAGGGCGAAACCGGUGAUCAUCGACCCUGGGCUAUACAGCCUGCAGAAGUCUGACGUUUUCUGGAUAACAGAGAAACGGAGUGUCCCAACUGCGUUCAAGCUCUUCACUGGCUCGGCAUGGAUGGUGCUCACCCACCAGUUUAUCGAAUACUGCAUAUGGGGAUGGGACAAUCUCCCAAGGACAGUCCUGAUGUACUACGCCAAUUUCCUUUCCUCGCCAGAGGGCUACUUCCACACGGUCAUCUGCAACGUGCCGGAGUUCCGCAACACCACAGUCAACCAUGACCUGCAUUUCAUUUCCUGGGACAACCCACCGAAGCAGCACCCUCACUACCUCACGCUCGCUGACUUCGACGGCAUGGUUAACAGCAACGCGCCCUUUGCAAGGAAGUUCGGGAGAGAAGACCCCGUGCUGGACAAGAUCGACCAGGAGCUACUGGGCCGCCGGCCUGAUGGGUUUGUGCCCGGUGGAUGGACGUAUCUACUGAAUGCGACGACUGAGGAAGGGAGACCCUUCGCCGUUGAGCGCGUGCAGGAUCUCCGCCCAGGGCCUGGUGUGGACAGAUUGAAGAAACUCGUCACGGGCUUGCUCACACAAGAAGGCUUUGAUGACAAGCACUGCCUGUGAGACUGCCCCCCAGUAAGAUGAUUCUGGCUGGGGGCGGUAGAUUACACGGUCAAAUCUUGAGGGCAUUGAAGCCAUUUUCUGGGAAUAUGCCUACUGGCUGAAGAAGCAGCACAUAGUAUCAUGUGAUGUACGCGUGGAUGCGAGCAACGGUAAGAUAGGUGCUCUUACAGACAGCCGCCUGAGUUGAGCUACUACCGUACAGCAGGAGGCCACGGACGUAGCCGGCGGAGAUUAUACAGGAAUAGUAGCUCAUUAGGUUAUGUUAGAUGACUAUAUCAGCCCCUUCCCAACCGUCAAUAAUGUUGGGAAUUUUGACAUCUCCGCGGCGCUGCGGGUUGUGCAAGGCAGGCAGGCAGUCCAUUCUUUGCUUGGAUGCCAUGGCGCCUGGUGUAAUCAACUGGUAGCGUGUGAGGAGGCUUCGUUGUAUUGACUAGUGCAUAUUUCUGGGCAAAACAGAUGCGUUUGGUUGCACACAUGUAUUCUUUUAUCCCUUUU